AUGUUACAGAUCACUCCGAGACCAGACGUUACGCCGUCUCCGUGUGCUGUGGUGGACACAACCGGACAGACGCGUGUAGUGGUGGACACAAAUGGACAGACGCGUGUAGUGGUGAACACAACCGGACAGACGUGUGCAGUGGUGGACACAACCGGACAGACGCGUGUAGUGGUGGACACAACCGGACAGACGUGUGCAGUGGUGGACAAAACCGGACAGACGUGUGCAGUGGUGGACACAACCGGACAGACGUGGGCAGUGGUGGACACAACCGGACAGACGUGUGCAGGAAACAAGGGGUACAAGGGGGACAAGGGGGACAAGGUGUACAAGGGGUACAAGGGGGACAAGGUGUACAAGGUGUACAAGGGGUACAAGGGGGACAAGGGGUACAAGGGGGACAAGGGGGACAAGGGGUACAAGGGGGACAAGGGGUACAAGGGGGGCAAGGGGGGCAAGGGGGACAAGGGGGACAAGGGGUACAAGGGGGACAAGGGGUACAAGGGGGGCAAGGGGGACAAGGGGUACAAGGGGGACAAGGGGGACAAGGGGGACAAGGGGUACAAGGGGGACAAGGGGUACAAGGGGGGCAAGGGGGACAAGGGGUACAAGGGGGACAAGGGGUACAAGGGGGGCAAGGGGGACAAGGGGAACAAGGGGUACAAGGGAUACAAGGGGUACAAGGGGGACAAGGGGUACAAAGGGGACAAGGGGGACAAGGGGAACAAGGUGUACAAGGGGGACAGGGGGAACAAGGGGUACAAGGGGAACAAGGGGAACAACGGGGACAAGGGGAACAACGGGGACAAGGGGAACAAGGGGAACAAGGGGGACAAGGGGGACAAGGGGAACAACGGGGACAAGGGGAACAAGGGGGACAAGGGGAACAACGGGGACAACGGGAACAAGGGGGAGAAGGGGUACCAGGGGUACAAGGGGUACAAGGGGAACAAGGGGUACAAGGGGGACAACGGGAACAAGGGGAACAACGGGGACAAGGGGAACAAGGGGGACAAGGGGAACAACGGGGACAACGGGAAAAAGGGGGAGAAGGGGUACCAGGGGUACAAGGGGUACAAGGGGUACAAGGGGUACAAGGGGAACAAGGGGUACAAGGGGGACAACGGGAACAACGGGAACAAGGGGAACAAGUCAAAAUAG